CCACCAUCCUUUUUCCGCUUUGGCCGCUUUAUUGCUUUUCCUCUCUUUCCCUUUGCUGCUUGCUUUGGGGGCCUUUGUUCGAUCGACACAUCCUCCCCGCAUCGAUCAGCGGUUUCUUCAUCGUCAGCGGCAUCUUCUCCCUCCCUUUGCUUCCUUGUUCGCUUGCGCUUUACUGUUAGCAGUCAGUCGCCACCAUCCUCCUCGUCGUCGUCUUCCUCGCCGACCUCUGACCGCCGCCGCUGCGCCCGCUGACAUUUGUCUCCCCAUCCAGCGGCCGCAGAGGAGAACGUUACCUUGCUGGACUGGAUUCGCGUUUAUCUACCCCCAUUGCUCCUGGACCCUGCUUGGGUUUCGCAGCGACGUUGGCUGUUGCUACUCCCUAUCCUUCUCUCCUUUGCCUCUGCUCUGCUCUGCUCUCAGGGUCGCUUUGCUCUGCUGCCAAGAUUGCUCUCAAGCUUCAGAUCGUGGACCCUUCCGGCCGGUUAUUCAGAGUUUCAGUCCCAACUCCCAAUACAUAAAACGCACUUGCUCUAACAAAUUCAGAAAUGGCCGAGGUGAAGCCUGAGGACAUGGUGCAUCAUCAGCCCAUGGACCAGCUCCAGGGCUUCGAGUACUGCAUCGACUCCAAUCCUUCCUGGGGCGAAGGGAUUGCGUUGGGCUUCCAACACUACAUACUGUCCCUGGGCACUGCUGUCAUGAUCCCCACGUUGCUGGUUCCGCUUAUGGGUGGAAAUGAUGAUGACAAGGCCAAGGUGGUUCAAACACUGCUAUUUGUUACCGGGAUCAAGACACUGCUCCAGACGCUAUUUGGCACUCGUCUUCCCACAAUCAUGGGAGGUUCGUACGCGUAUGUGGUUCCGAUCCUCUCCAUAAUCCGUGAUCCCUCAUUCACGCAGAUAGCGGAUGGCCAUACUAGAUUCCUGCAGACUAUGAGAGCCAUACAAGGUUCACUGAUUGUAUCCUCAAGCAUCCAAAUAAUUCUUGGAUAUAGCCAGUUAUGGGCAAUAUGUUCUAGGUUCUUUAGCCCACUUGGGAUGGUUCCCGUGGUUGCAUUGGUGGGGCUUGGCCUUUUCGAGAGAGGAUUCCCAGUGGUUGGGAAAUGCGUGGAGAUUAGUCUUCCAAUGCUUAUCCUCUUUGUUGCGCUUUCCCAGUAUCUCAAGCACGUGAAUAUUCAUCAUGUUCCUGUUUUGGAGAGGUUCUCACUGCUGAUGUGCAUCGCUCUUGUAUGGGUAUAUGCCCACAUCCUCACAGCAAGUGGUGCAUACAAGCACACAGCACUUGUCACCCAGAUCAACUGUCGGACAGACCGUGCCAAUCUCAUAUCUUCAUCACAAUGGAUAAGCAUUCCAUACCCUUUACAAUGGGGUGCACCAACAUUCAGUGCAGACCAUGCAUUCGGUAUGAUGGCUGCGGUGAUGGUUUCUUUAAUAGAGACCACGGGAGCAUUCAAAGCUGCUGCACGAUUGGCUAGUGCGACACCCCCACCAGCAUAUGUCCUGAGCAGAGGCAUUGGGUGGCAGGGCAUUGGCACCCUACUAGAUGGCCUGUUUGGCACUGGGACUGGUUCUACUGUUUCUGUUGAGAACGUUGGUCUCCUAGGGUCAACAAGGGUUGGUAGCAGAAGAGUGAUACAAAUUUCUGCUGGUUUCAUGAUCUUCUUCUCCAUUCUAGGAAAAUUUGGAGCGCUUUUUGCCUCAAUUCCUUUCACAAUAUUUGCUGCCAUUUACUGUGUCAUGUUUGGAAUUGUUGCUGCUGUGGGGCUCUCCUUUAUGCAGUUCACCAACAUGAACUCAAUGCGCAGUCUCUUCAUCAUCGGUGUCUCACUCUUCCUGGGUUUAUCUAUACCAGAGUACUUCUCUCGGUAUUCCACAAGUUCUCAACAAGGCCCAGCGCACACGAAAGCUGGAUGGUUCAAUGACUACAUCAACACUAUCUUCUCAUCACCGCCCACUGUCGCCCUGUUUGUAGCAGUACUCCUUGACAACACACUUGAUGUAAGAGAUGCAGCUAGGGACCGAGGAAUGCCAUGGUGGGCGCGUUUCAGGACAUUCCGUGGCGACAGCAGGAAUGAAGAGUUCUACACUCUGCCUUUCAACCUCAACCGAUUCUUUCCCCCAACAUAAGUCUAAUUGCCAUUGAGAAGAUGCUGCAUGUUAAGUGGUCCACUGAAGCAAGUAUUACCUAACAAUGAGGUUUGCUUUUGACAGAGUAGAACAACAAAAGGUUGGACAAAGGAAGAAUCAGAAUGUCAGAUUGUACAUAAAACCAAAUCGUUUAGGUUUGACCACCAGUGCCAAAUCAGAAUGUCAGAUUUUGAUGUAAUGCGAGUUUAGAGAUCUUAUGAACAAUUCGUUUCAAGCCUUAUAUGCAAGCUAGCUUUUAAACAAUGUUUUCAUGGCUUAGUGGCAUGGUCUGGUGUCUGGUCCCAAAUGCUAUAGAAGAUGUCCAGCUAUUGUAAGAAUUAUUCUUCAUCUCGCAUUUUAGUAUCUAUAUAUUAAUUAAUAGUAGCAUUUCAACU